ACUUAUCAAUAUAAUCUAAACAGGAAAGUCUGCGAAGAUGACCGGGAAUCUGCAGGACUGUCUGACCUGCAGAAGGCAGACCGAGAGUUACCUACGAAUAACGGACGAAAGUAACGUGGAGAACGUAGAAGCUAUUUUAGUAAAACAUUUUUGGUUUAAGCCCAUCGAAUAUGUAAGUCGAGUGCUGUGCAUCAGCUGUUGGGAGAAAAUUGAAGAAUUCCACAAAUUUUACUGUGAAGUUGAGGAGCUUUGUGCAGAAAAUGUACAGCAUGUGGUUGUUAAAACGGAGCCCCAGGAGGGAUUGCCCAUUUCUCGUUCGGUUAAAGCUGAAGAACACUUAACCGAAAAGACUGAUAUUCACAUAGAGAGCGAUGUUGAAUCCGAAAUAUGUGAUGAAACUAAGGACACUUCCGGAGAAGACAAUGAUGAUCAUGAUGGAGAAAUGAAGCAAGAAGAAUACUCGGAAGAUGACUCGAUCGAAGAAUCGUCCACACCAAUAGCAAAGCGAAGGAGAUAUACUGGAAGGACAACAUCAAACAACACCGGAUUGGGCCGAAAAAAACAACGUACUAAUUAUCACAACAGAUUGAGUUUCGACAGGAAUAAUCUUAUUGCGAAGUACAUCCGGUUAGCAUGCGAAAUUUGCAACUAUAAGGCGGUGACAUUUUCCCGUUUGUUGCUGCAUUACAAAAGAAUGCACGACAGGCAAGGUUACGUGACGUGUUGCGAACGUAGCUUUCAGAAGAAGUCCACUUUAUGCGAACAUUUGCGUAAACACGAAUCUGACCCACCGGAUCUGGAGGAGGAUACCCCGUUCAGGUGCGAACAGUGCGACUGCUCGAAGACAUUCAAAGAUGAAGAGGGUCUUCAGCUGCAUAGAGUGAUAUGCCACAGUAUGGAAGGAGAGAAAAUCUUCAAAUGUGAUCAAUGUGAUAAGGCGUUUGCUAGUGAGUGGCAGUUAUCGGGUCAUAAGAACUGGCACCAGAACGUGGAGAGCUUGAAUAUACACUGCGACAAAUGCAAUAAAUAUUUCAACUCGAUUCGAACACUGAACACUCAUGUAAGAGCACAUCAUUUGGAUGUCGCAGCGGUGCUACCACUGUCUACCGAAGCUGUAAUUCCAGCGGAUGUAAACAUGGAAUCUACUUCACACAAAGCUAUUGUUCCCCACACAGAACAAUGUUUGACCAAAUAUACAACAUCCCACAAUGAUUCCAAUAUUUCAUCUGUUCCGAGGAAAGCUUUGAAAUCGGCUGAGGAAGUUGCGAAAGAGGACGAACUCAUUCGGCAAUUUUGUACGCUCAUAUGCGAGAAGUGUGAAUUUGUGGGUGAAAAUUACUAUCAACUUGAGAAGCAUUACAAAACGGAUCACAACACGCGUGGUUAUGCGGUAUGUUGUGGUCGCAAGUUCUGUAAAAAACGACGUUUAUUCGAGCAUUGUCAACGCCACAUCAAUCCGGAUAUGUUCCGCUGUGAGCUCUGCAAUAAAUCAUUCACUGAAAGUGACGGGUUAGAAAAGCACAAUAAAUGGGUGCACACACCGGACUCGGAGAAGCCAUUCAAAUGUGAAAUCUGCGAUGCGGCUUUCUAUAAGGAUUAUUUGUUGCGGAAUCACAUGAAGUAUCAUAUCUCGAUGGAGCAAAAAAUCUUCAACUGUAAAGAUUGUGAUAAAUCGUUUGGCACGGCGGUUCUGUUGAGAGCACAUCAGCAGAACAUCCACGGAGCGGCCUCCAAUUGGGUUUGUGAUAUUUGCGCCAAAGGAUUCGUUCACAAGUCCCUGCUGGAAACCCAUCGCCUUUCGCACUCAGAGGAAGGAGCGGCCAGUUUGAAGAAGCAAUGCGAACACUGCAAGAAAUGGUUGAAAAAUAAGGAUACCUACCAGAAUCACCUCAAGCGGUGUCUUGCCGGUGGACCGGUUACAUGUGAUAUUUGCGGUAAGGAAGCCGUCAACGAGCUGGCGCUGGCAAGCCACAAACGCUUCAACCACGAGGAUCGGCCGGCAUUUGCCUGCAGCUAUUGUGGCAAACAGUUCAAACGAAUCCUGCGGUUGAAAGAACAUGAAGCCAAUCAUCGUGGAGAAGUGCUAUACUCGUGUCCGUACUGUCCGAGGACGUGUAAUUCUAGUUCGAAUAUGUACACUCAUAAGAAAGUGGCGCACCCCGAACUGUGGGCUGCCAAAGUCGCUGAAAGAUUUUACAAACGAUAAGCGAGAGCGGACUGGUAAUGGUAAGAAUGUGUUAUUUCAACACGAAUAUUUUGCUUGCGCAAAACUUGCUUUUUGUGCUACGCUAAAACAUUUCGAAAUCCGUCCGCCGAUCAGUGGUCUGACAAGAGGUGUUUCCGGUCUUUUUUCAUUUGUUUAUUUA